AUGACUGAAAUCAAGAUUAAUAUGAGAGACAUUGAUGACUGCCUAACCGAUCCUUGUCAAAAUAACGGAACCUGUACAGACCUGGUCAAUGAUUACCAAUGUGAUUGUAUGGUAGGAUUCAAUGGGACAAACUGUGAAAAUAACAUUAAUGACUGUAUACCAGAGCCUUGUAAGAACAAUGGAACUUGUAUAGAUCUGAUCAAUGAUUAUCAGUGUAAUUGUACACAGGGGUUUAAUGGAACAACCUGUACAAAUAACAUUGAUGACUGCCUAUCUGAUCCUUGUCAACACAACGGAAUUUGUACAGACCUGGUCAAUGACUACCAAUGUGAUUGUAUGGUAGGAUUCAAUGGGACAAACUGUGAAAACAACAUUAAUGACUGUGAACCAGAGCCUUGUCAGAACAAUGGAACUUGUAUAGAUCUGAUCAAUGAUUAUCAGUGUGAUUGUAAACAUGGGUUAAAUGGAACAACCUGUACAAAUAACAUUGAUGACUGCCUACCAAAUCCUUGUCUAAACAAUGGAACCUGUACAGACCUGGUCAAUGACUACCACUGUGAUUGUGUGGUAGGAUUCAAUGGGACAAACUGUGAAAAUAAUAUCGAUGAGUGUGAAGUUAAACCAUGUCAGAACAAUGGAACAUGUAUAGAUCUGAUUAAUGAAUACCAGUGUUCCUGUAUAGAUGGAUUUAAUGGAAUGAACUGUGCAAUUGAUAUUAACGAAUGUGCAUCUCAACCAUGUCAGAACAAUGGGACUUGUAUAGAUCUGAUCAACGAAUACAAAUGUAGUUGUACAAACGGGUAUAGUGGAAAAAACUGUACAAAUGAUACAUAUGUACUACACAUACUCAACUUUGAAAGCAGCAACUUAGUACUACAUGUACAUGAAGGAAAAUCUGUCAGGGUUACAUUACAAUUGAGAAGUAAAACGAUGUACGAGGUUAAGUGGUUUCACAAUGGAUACGUGAUUAACAAUCCACCAAGAAGAUAUAAAAUGACGUCACAUAAAACGGAAAAUGACACAUCAUUACGUACUUUAGAUAUCCAAAAUGUUUUACAGCGAGAUAUGGGAGCAUGGAAAAUUACAGUUUCUAAUCAAGUGACCCAUGUAUCAAGGGAAAUGACACUUAAAGUUAUUCCUAGAUUGGUGCUUCAUAUGAACCCGACAUACGACUUUUCAAUACUAAGGGGUGACAAAAUAAAUCUUCAAUGUACAGUCACAAAUCCAGAGUCUUUGUUUGAUGUCAACAACGAAAGUCUCGUUAUCACAAAGGAUGGGUCUGUGUUACAAGAUGUUAGUAGUUCAACUUUUUCCACAACAUGGAACAAGUAUUCAGCAAUGGAAGCUGAUUCUGGUAGAUAUACAUGCACACACUCUGGUUACCAUGUUCCUGUGAGUGUGUCUGUGUAUGUUACUGUCAUUCAACCAGAGCAAAAGAGAUGUGAUAGUGAAUGGUCAGAAGGUGUACUGUGGAAUGCUACAUUGGCAGGAACAAUUAAACAGGAACCUUGUCCAGCAAAACAGAAAGGAUUUGCAACAAGAUAUUGUGAACAAAAUGGAAUGUGGGCAUCUCCUAGCCUUAUCAACUGCACAAGUGAAGCUUUCACAGACGCAUCAUCACAAUUGGAUGGUAUAAUAGAAGAUGGAAUACAAAAUACCGAGAAAGUUCAAGAGACGGUCAACAGAACCUUACAAAUGAUGAAGAACCUUACAUCGACGACCAAUGAACUCAGUGCUGGGGAUCUGAGCUCCUCUCUGGACAUAUUGGAGAAAAUUGUCGACGUUACUAACUCCACAGGGUCGACUAUUGAGAAGGAGGUGUUUUAUGCUGUUAUUGACAACGUUUUAUCAACUAAUAAUUCCAAAUCGUGGACAACAGUCAGUGAUAAGACUGGAAAAGACGCAAGCUCAAUCCUAAAGAAUAUGGAACGGCUAAGCGAGGUUGUAAUGCAGAGCGACAAUUUAUCAACAACACAAUUUAGUGGUUCAAAUUUUGAACUGACAAUAAACCAAACCAAAUUAGAUGACACUGGAAUACGUUUCCCAGAAAUAUCCAACAACAACGUUUCUGAAAAUUCCGAACAAAUUCCAACAUUUCUUGAAUUACCAAAACAAGAUACGAAAUCGGAAAAGGCAAUCAACUAUGUAGCUGUGAUAUAUAAAACGAUGUCAGAUAUUUUACCAUCUCAAUCAGUAAGGGAUCCAAUGGAAGGAAAAUCAGAACAGACAUUGAAGAAAAAAGAAUUUGUAAAUUCUCCAAUACUGUCCCUUACAACACAAAAUGAUUUAGGAGUAUUGAUGCCGCCUCUAAAUCUAACGUUUGGACACAUACAAAAUAAUGAAUCUACUGAAAUGCAUGCAGUUUGUGUUUCUUGGGAUUUUUCCUUAAGCAAAUGGACAGAAAGAGGGUGUAAAGUGAGCGAUAGUGAUUUUAAAAGAACAGUUUGUCAGUGCAACCAUCUUACCAACUUUGCCAUUUUGAUGAGACCAUAUUCUCCUGCGACAGAAGACAAGCAAUCGUUAAAAACAAUGUCCCUGGUUGGCGUGAUUCUCUCCAUAUCAUUUACAGCUCUUACUUGCGUUAUCUACAUCUUGACUUGGAGAUAUAUUAAAAGUGACCAGAACAUUAUCAUGAUGAAUCUUUGUGGAUCGUUGAUUCUGUCCUACGUGAUUUUUAUAUCUGCUGUGGAACAGACAGGAAAUGAGGGUGGCUGCAUCGCAACUACGGCCAUUAUUCACUAUCUUUUCCUGGUCACCUUCUUCAGUAUGCUAGGAAUGGGAGUCUAUUACUUCAUGAGUAUUACAGUCACGUACUACGCCAUGUACGUGGCAAACAACUUCAAGUCUAUAUCACGAGUUCACUGGUUUCUGUUAGCCAUAUGGGGUAUACCCGUAAUUAUUACAACAACAACUCUUGGAGCGUUCUGGGGAAAAGAUUAUCACCUUAAAUAUUAUUGUUGGUUGUCCAUGGAAAGCGGUUCUCUCUACAUGUUUAUCAUCCCAGUCUGUAUGAUAAGUGUCUCAAACGUACUGAUAAUCAUUUCACUGGUAAGGGUAUUGUGUGCCUCCAGUGCAAUGACGAAAUCCUCGCUGCAGAAAAAAGCAACGUCCGGAUUACGGUCCCUUGGAACCCUUCUACCAGUGCUAGGAGUUACCUGGUUAUUCGGAAUUCUGGCCGUUAAUGAAAAUGCAGAUGUGUUUCAAUAUAUUUUUGUUAUUGCAAAUUCCCUACAGGGGUUCUUCAUAUUUGUAUCGCACGUACUGUUAAACAAAAAGGUGAUGCAAGGUUUAAAGAACAAAUAUCCAGCCGUUGGUACUUUCAUUAGUAUUGCAGAACACAGUAAAAAGGAAACUACAUCGGUAUCACGAAGUCAGUCAACAUCUAAAUCCAAUGCUCCUUUGGUGGAAACCAAGAAAAAGGGUUUAUUUGAAAAACUUCGUAAUAAUAAAGUCAAGAAAUCCGAGUCAUUUAUGACAGAAAGAACAGCAUCCACUGAUUGCCCUGCAAGUGUUUCUUAUGAAAAAAGCUUUGUGAUGUCAGAAAAUGAUUCUACAAACAACACAAUGAAACUGACAUCACAAGAAGGAAACAUGAUGAGACGAUUUCGAUUUUCAUUUAAUAUUAACCCAUGGAAGAAAAAGUACACGGUGACAGAAAUGUGAAAAUGUUUAUGAUGUACGCACGUAAAGACAACUUGUACUUGAAAUGACUUUAUUAUUUUUUAUGGUUAUGUUGAUUGAUUUGUUUUUAUCAUACGUCUGUUUACACUGACUAUUUCUAUUUUGGAGUUAGAGUUAAGGAACUUGAACAAUUGUUACACAGACACAGCUACUAGAGAUAUUCUAAAUGUUUUUUUUUUAUUUCCUUUGAAGCAAACUGUUGAUACGUUUAAUCCAUACAUUGCUGCUUUCAGAAUUAAUUUUUCUAAUUCAGUCAACUGAGAGUUAAUGUAACUCUCUGGAAAGGUCUCUAAGGCCUGGAAAGGUGACUAAAUGGCAUAGCUAUGCAGUUUAGUCCUCUGUUAGUUAUAUUUUAUUUUUCAAUCAUUUUUCAGUUAAUUGAAUGCCAGAUCUCUCUCUUGUGUUUCAAAUAGGUAUAGUAAACAAACAUAGCCGAUUAUAUUAUUCUGUAUAUGUCUCUUUUGGAUGAUGACAUAGUCAUACUUACUUGUGUAUGAUUAAAAUACUGUAAGCGAAGAUCACUCUUUUAAUGUAUGCUUUUGUAGUCAAAAUAAUUUAGAAGCUUAGGUAAAAAUGAUAUAUGUAAUCAAAUACAUAAAUAGUUAACAAAGCAGUUUUAUAUAUUUAUUAUUAUUAUUUUUUUAUUUUAAAUGACGGAGUUUUUAUCAAGCGAUUCUAUUAAUCCAUUGUAGCCUUAAAUAUGUGUUGAAUAUAAACCUAUCUUUAGUGAAAAUUAAAUCACAUUAACAUGUACAUGUUCAAUAUGUUACCAAGAGUUCUCAAAUUAUUAUAAUAAUAAAAGCAAGCUACGUUUUUACAAAUCAAAAGUAUUUGGGUUUUUUAUCAUAAACGAUAUAACAUGUGAAUGUUAUUGAUAAUUAUUGGUGUCAGUUUCAAAGGACUUAUUUACAUUGAAGAACAUUUAUAUCUUUAAAAGAUUCAACCAAAAGACUAAUUUCUAAAUGAGUAAUAUUUGUAUGCUCUUAUAUAUUAUAAUGUGUAUAUUCCAUUCAUAUUGCACGAGGCAACCAUAGUAUACAGAUAAAGAAAGAAGUUGUAUAUUUUAAAUAAAUCAGCAAAUGUAUCAAUAGCAUGGUUCACUUUUUAAAGACACUUGAGUCUCAAUUCACGAUGGGAAUGAUUUUAUCUAUUACAAAAACCGUUAAAAAAAUUAAGCCGUUUACCUUGACAAUGGAAGUUUGAAAAUCUAUUUUGAUUUUAUUGAUGCAUGUUACUAAUAAAAAACGAUCCUCAAUCAUCUAAAAUACCUUUUAUGGAUGACAACAACUAUUUAUCAUUUAUUGAUCAAGCGACUCUUAAUAAUGACUCUCAUUAUGACAUAAAAUGUGUAUUUAUAUAAGGUGAAACGAAGCGAUAAUGUUUAGAAUAGUAUACAGUUUCUUUUUUUUUUCUUUCAUCACUAUACUUAUUGUAAUCAUGUUCACUUAUUCACUAUAUUAUUGUAACAAUAUUGAACAUUUUGUCUUACCGAAAAUGCAAUGUAGAUAUUAUACAUUUUUUAAG